UCUCCUCUCGUCUCCUCUCCUAUAUCAUCAAAUAAAAAACCAAGUCCAAACAAAAUUUUCUCAAAGAGAGAAAAUAAGAGAGCGUGCAAACACGACAUAGACAAAGCGAACCACGUUAGAGAAAGGCCUCUUGGUCGGUUGGUAAUGUCCUCUAACUGAAGCCUUCAUACCCUCUCUCUCUCUCUCUCCAUCCCUUUGAGUCCAAGGCUCUUUCUCUCUUAUCUUACUACUACGCCUUACUACUCUUAAGAUUAUUAUUAUUGUUCUCUCUCCCAAACCAUCAAAACAAAACACUCUGCUCUCUUCUCUUCAGUCCUACGCACACCUUUCUCUCUGCACCAAAUUUUAUUUUAAUUUUCUUCUAAUGAGGAAACUCUGUCCCAAUUUCGACCGCGAAGAUGGUCUCGAAACUGUCCUCGAGGUUCCAAUCCCGGAGGAAAUGUUUGCUUCCAAGACCAGUAAUAUAAUAUCAUGGCAGAACAUGAAGGCUUGGAUGAGAUCAUCUCAUCCGUCCAAUAUGACAGCCCUCUUCGGUGGCCGCAACGCCGAGAUCCAGCUCUUGUUAGGAGUUGUGGGAGCUCCGCUGAUCCCUAUACCAAUCUCUUGUGAUCACGAACUUAUCAGCCGUAAUAUCAAAGACCAUCCCAUCGAGGCUUCGAUGGCGAAAUACAUAGUGAAGCAAUACACGGCGGCGGUUGGGGGAGAGAAGGCUUUGAGUUCAAUAGAGAGCAUGUAUGCUAUGGGGAAGGUGAGAAUGGGAGCUUCGGAGUUUUGCUCAGGAGAGAAGAAUGUAAAGGCCAUGAAAGUGAAGAACUUGAGAUCUUCCUUACAAGGAGGGGAGAUGGGAGGUUUUGUGCUGUGGCAGAAGGGACCGGAGCUCUGGUGUUUGGAGUUGGUGGUUUCCGGCUGCAAGAUCAGCGCCGGGAGUGAUGGGAAGGUCGCUUGGAGGCAGACCCCAUGGCACCACUCUCACGCUUCUCGUGGCCCACCUCGGCCCCUUAGACGUUUUCUUCAGGGUCUUGAUCCAAGUUCUACAGCAAAUUUGUUCUCCAACUCAGUUUGUGUUGGUGAGAAAGCAAUAAACGACGAAGAUUGUUUCAUCCUAAAACUGGAAGCCGAUUCAUCAACUCUAAAAGCAAGAAGCAGCAACAACGUCGAGAUAAUACGACACACCAUAUGGGGCUACUUCAGCCAGAGAACAGGUCUCUUGGUACAACUCGAAGACUCUCAUCUCCUCAGAAUCAAAGCCUCCGGAAACAACGACAACAUAUUCUGGGAAACGACAAUGGAGUCUUUGAUCCAAGAUUACCGAACCAUCGACGGUGUAAACAUCGCUCACUCUGGUAGAACCACGGUCUCGCUAUUUCGAUUCGGCGAAAACUCGACCGGCCAUUCGAGGACGAGAAUGGAGGAAGUUUGGGAAAUUGAAGAAGUGGAUUUUAACAUAAAGGGACUGUCAAUGGAAUGUUUCUUGCCUCCUGGUGAUCUUAAGAAAGAGGAAGAAGGAUGUGGUUUAGUGACUAGUAGUACUAAUCCAAAGUUACCAUUCAAAAUUCGAUCUGCUUCUUCUAGGAUUAGUGCUUCCAAAGUGGCCGCCAUUGAUUUAAAUGAGGAGGAAGAUCAUGAGAACUUUGUUAGUACUAGUGAUGAAGAUGAAUAAGUGUAAAUUUUUGGUUUUAUUGGUUUCUAAUUUUGUACAUAGCAAAGCAACAUAUAUAAAAUAGCCUUCAUUCCAUCAUUGUAUUAUUUAUACAUGUUUUGGUAAUAGAUGAGCAUCUAUAAAUUAGUCACAUUUUGUACGAUAUGAAACACGACUAUUUUGAUUUAUGCUCUGUUUGCAA